AUGACCACUUGGAGGUUCGACCAGGGCGUGCCUUCCAGUCUUAGCCAUGGAGAGCCUUGUUCAUUGCAUAGAGUUUUUUGGACCGAGGACAACGUGCUGGAAGAUGGCAGACCUUUUGCCCUUGCUUUGGCUAACAAGGGGCGUAUUGACAGUCUCUCGAAAGCUUACCAAAAUUACCGGAACCGCUGCUUUACUUCAUUUAGUCGAUUCCAUGCUACCCAUUGCUACAGAUUACUUCCCACUAUAGUUCGUAAUGCUCGCUUAGUGUCGGAAGUCAAGGCCAUAUCUUUGAGUGAGAAGCGGAAUUUGCCCUUCACUUCCAAAAGCAGGGAAAUUGUUGAAGCUGAAGCUGAAGCUAAAACUGGAGAAGCCGGAUUCUCACAACGCCAAGAAAAUCGAUUGCCAAGUCAAGGAGAGACAACCUGCAAGAAGAAAGAAGGCAUGUGUCAAGACUAA